UCCUCCCAUCCGCUUCCGGUCGCUUGGAGCCUCCUAAUCAUGGCGAACCUUAGAACUCCUGUGUCGCUAUGGCCCCUUGUGAUAGGUCCGUGCGGCCCGAAGCGGGCUUAUUUCAGGGCCCGAACCCAGCCCCGGCCUGGUGCCCUGCUCCAGCCACUGCCCCGGCCCUUCGAGGUGGGUCUGCCGCGCCGCCUGCUCACGUCCGAGGCCGAACCUGGCAGCUCAGCGCUGAAGAAACCUACAUUUAUGGAUGAGGAAGUCCAAAGCAUACUCAUCAAGAUGACAGGCUUGAACUUGGAGAAGACUUUUAAGCCAGCUGUACAAGAACUGAAGCCGCCCACCUAUAAGUUAAUGACGCAGGCGCAGUUGGAAGAGGCUACAAGAAAGGCAGUAGAGGCAGCUAAAAUACGACUGAAAAUGCCGCCGGUUCUAGAAGAACGAGUGCCCAUAAAUGAUGUGUUGGCUGAAGAUAAGAUUUUGGAAGGAACAGAAACGGCCAAAUACGUGUUUACUGACAUAUCCUACAGCAUACCGCACCGCGAGCGUUUCAUUGUCGUCAGAGAACCAAGUGGCAGACUACGCAAAGCCUCUUGGGAAGAACGGGAUCGGAUGAUACAAGUGUAUUUCCCAAAAGAAGGUCGAAGAGUUUUGCCACCAAUAAUUUUCAAGGAAGAAAAUCUUAAGACCAUGUAUGGCCAGGACCGGCAUGUGGACGUCCUCAAUCUCUGCGUUGCCCAGUUUGAGCCAGAUUCCACGGAGUACAUCAAGGUUCAUCACCAGACCUAUGAAGAUAUAGACAAACAUGGAAAGUACGACCUUCUACGCUCAACGAGGCACUUUGGUGGAAUGGCUUGGUAUUUUGUAAAUAAGAAAAAGAUUGAUGGUUUGCUGAUCGACCAGAUUCAGAGAGAUCUGAUCGACGAUGCUGCCAGCUUGGUCCAGCUGUACCACAUGGUGCAUCCCGAAGGCCAGUCAGCCCAGGAGGCCCGAGGGCAGGCGGCUGAGGGAGUAAACCUAAUUAAGGUCUUUGCAAAAACAGAAGCACAGAAGGGGGCAUACAUAGAAUUAACACUGCAGGCUUACCAAGAAGCAUUCGUUAGCCAUUCUGCAGCUUCCUGAAAAAAAGUGCUCUGCCACUCUGGGGCCAGCUGGAACAGCGUACUAGAGCUUCCUGCUGAAAGCCACCACUGGGGCAGCACCUUCCUCUGCUGCCGCCCCUCAGCCAGCCAUCAGUUCUCUGCAGGGCUCAUUCUCCACACUCCUUUCCAAAUGCCACUCACAGUAAGUGCCCAAACAACUCUAGUUACCAUGUUUACCAAUGUCUUUUAGGCCUUCGAUUAACACUUACUUGCCCUGUAAAAAGUAGCUCAUGAAGGCCACGUUAUUUUUGCCAUCUCUCUCUGCACCCUCUGCCAGCUUGUUCACCAUACUAGCGUUUCCAGAGGCAGUGGCCAGAAGCAGCAGCCCCCCGUAGUCCUGUGCGUGGUGCAGGCACUCCUGGGCCAGGCCAAACUGACACUUGCUAAUGGCCAGCUCAGCAAGUUGUUUCCACUUCUGUUCUGACUGCAAGACAGUGUUUCCAAGUUAAAACAGCUCUGGGAAUAAACACUUAAACUUCUAACAUCAUUAUGUUAUUGCUGUACUGACCAGGGAAGACCAUUCUAUAGAGUUGUGCUAGUUAAGGUGACUCUACCCAAGUAAGAAUGGCACAAAAUGGAAGUUAGUUGUAUAUACACAACUAAUUCAAACACAAAUCAGUUUAAUAAUGCAUUAAUAAUCAACCUAUAACCAUCUAAUUAGACUGCAGUUAUUUUAAGGAGAAUGCUACUUCUUUGGAAAAUGUAAAAGUGUUUACAUUUUCCAAAGAUACUGUCACUUGUAAUCUUUCAGAAAUCAAAAUGUUGCAUAUUUGGAUAAUCUGGCUAGAAUAUAUUUUGCACACCUAAAUUCAUCAGUAAAUGCUAGAUUUUAAAACAGGGGGGUCCUUAAUACAAAAAAUUCCACAAAAAUGUCAUUAAAUUGUCUCUGAAAAUGUCAGAACCUUUCUCUAAAACCAUCUUUCUCAUUACCUGGGGUUACUGGCAAAUUAUUUCUGUGUUCUUUGAAAAUUCCAGACAAGUUUAAUUACUAUCUUUAUAUCUUCUUAUGAAACAGAUUUCAUGUAAAAUAUGAAAAUACUUUCUCUCAACCACAUUAGAGUGCUAAGAAUAUCUCCAAUAUAAUCUAAAGAUUAACAAAUUUUAAAGACCAGAGGUAACCUUAUCAAAAUGGGUAAUUUGAAAUUACCAACACCUAGAAGUACCUACUGAUCUUUCCAUCAGUUAAGAAAAAUCAUGUUAGUACAUACCUCUGCUUCAACUGCUAACUGAUAUGCGAUUUUUAACUCUCCAAGCUGCAGAGCAAGCUCAAAACAAUGUUCAGGAUCUGUAGACACUGUGAGAGCUUGCUGCUUAAAGCCCUAAAGAUGAAAAACACCAAAUGUGAGAUUUAUGUUCACAAGCACUUUGUGUAUACACAAUUCAUCUAUCAUACUGAAAAUAUUGCUGACAAACCCUACUAGAUAAAUAAUACCUUUUAAUGAGAAGACAGAAAAAAGGACUAAUUAAAUUAGGUGAGAGCAGAUAUUCAUCUGUGUAAUGUCAAAUGGUUUUUCCUCUAGAGGAUUUUUUACUUUACACUGACUUGAGGGGCACAGAGAUCGCCCAUCUACUGGUUCAGCAAAGUACCUGCAGCAGCCAGGAACCAGGAACUCAAUCCUGCUCUCUCGUGUAUGGCAGGGACCCAACCACUUGAGCCAUCAAAUGUUGCUUCCCAGGGUGCACAUUAGCAGGAAGCUAGAAUCAGAAGUGGCACUGAGGCUCGAAACCCAGGCACGCUGGCAUCCCAUAUGGGUGCUGGUUCGAGACCUGGCUGCUCCACUUCCGAUCUGGACCUCUGCUAUGGCCUGGGAAAGCAGUGGAAUAUGGCCCAAGUCCUUGGGCCCCUGCACCCACUUGGGAGUCAUGGAGGAGGCUCCUGGCUUCGGAUUGGCGCAGCUCUGGCUGUUGCGGCCAGUUGGGGAGUGAGCCAUCAGAGGGAAGACCUCUCUCCCUCUCCUCUCCCUGUGUAACUCUGACUUUCAAAUAAAUUUUUUUUUUUUUUUAAACAAUGGCGGCUAGUCAAUCCUACUCUAGUAAAACAACUUGUAAAAUUAGAAAAGCUGAUCUAUGAGCAAUUUCAGAGAACAGGCACAGUGGCACAAUUGUAGCUGCUGAAAAUCAAUCAACAACCUGGGCCUUAGAGGUCCUCUGUCUAGUCCCUUAUCUCACGGAUAAGUCUAUUAGUGGUAAAUGGACAAAUAAAAAUCUUCCAAGUUUCUUCCAAUUGUAGGUCAUUUAGCAAACAUUUUGUAUUCAGGUCCAUAAACCUGUACGGUGGCUCACCUAUGCCUUUACUGGUCUCAUGUCCAGUUUAUCUAAAUCAGCAAGUUUACCAAAGGACAGAAGUCAGAUUUUCUCAUGCUCUGUUAAGCCAUCAGGAAUAGGCCUUUAACCUGUAAUGCAUGAAUUAGCUUCUCUCCUAAGUUAAACAGUAUGGAUGGGUCUGCCCUAUGGGCACAUAUUUCAGCUUUAGGGAUAUAGUGUGUCAGACAAAAAGCUCAGGGCUAGUUUACUCCUAAGGAGUAAGGACAGCAUAAGAAACAUCCCAAUUCGUACUGCAGAACAUGAAGGGUCAGCACUGAAACAAUCGCCCUAACAGCAGUUAGUCCAGGACUGGUCCCCCCCAUUCCCUGAUGCAUAAAGAAGGCAGGUUUACUCCUUGGACAGGGUAAAGUGGACCAUCUCCAGCUGGGGGAAUGCCUAUCCCACCAAAGGGAGUACUGAGUAUCAAAGGGAAAAUCAUAGGCUCAGUGAGACACUGGGAAGGGAUGUGUGGACUAAAUGAAAUGCUACAUGCUAAGUCUCCCAAGUCGUCUUAUACUUAGCCCAAGAAAGAUGGUGACUGGGGAGCUGCUUUUAAUAUUGCAGUAUGUCAGCCAAAGCAGCGCCCAGUACAUUGUUAGGUGCUCAUUAAAUUAACUGAAUAAAUACAUGAUUAUUAAGUUCAUUAGCUGAAGGUAAUGACAGUGAGGCUCCCUAAUCAGCCUAAACACAUCACACAAUGCCAUCCACACCCUACACACUCAGCCCUUUUGAUGUGUUUCUUGGACCUCUGCUCUUGAAAGACAGAGAUCAAAAAUGAAUAAAAGCAACUUGAAGGAAGCACUUUAAAAAAACAAAAAAAUUCAUAGCCUCAGAGAUAAAUUUUCAUCUUUAUAAGUAAGAUUAAGUCAUAGACUAAUAGGAAAAUCAGCUGGGGUAGGUCCAAUGUUUGACAGUUUGAGAAGGAAUACAGAAAACAAAUCACCAUAAAAUGAUGCCUGAAAAUCUCUCAGAAGUGAAGGACAUCACUUUCCCAAAGGACUCAUGUAAUACCCAACAGACCAAAUGAAACUAAUCUCUACAAGGCCCACCAAGAGUGACAUCCACAAAGCUUCCUCAGAGGAACAAAACAGGCCAUAUACCAAGAAUUGGGAAUAAAAAUGCUUUAGACUUCAACAACUAGAAGCUAAAAGGCAAUGGAACAAUAACAGUGCCUUCAAAACUUAAAAUUACCCCCAACCUAGAGUUGUAUAGUUGGUUAAAUGGGCCAGUAUGUUACAGGGUAGGACAAUGGUACUUUCAUAUAUUCAAAGCCUCAAAAACUUGACCUCCCACUAACGACCCUUUCUCGGGAAACUGAAGAACUUGCUCCACCAAAAUGAGGGCAUCAACCAGGAAAGACGACGGGAUUACAGGAAACAAUGGAUUCUUCUCUACAGAGGCCAAGAGAAGCCUGGCUAUGAUGGUGGGGAGAUAUCCAUGAUGAGAGCAGAAAAGCCAGUUCAGUCUGCAGCCAACUAAAUAAACUGAAAGGAGAGCGCGAGAAAUCUGGAGAGUUGAGAGAGUCUAGGGGGAUGUAACCUUAAGUACACAGAAAACUACAGACUCUAGAGAACUCUUAGAGCUUUCUUUCGUGCAGCUGUCAGCCCUAACUGCACGGCUCACCUGUGAGCCUUUUACAUAGCCCUAACAACAAAUGUCAAGGACUGAUGCACCCAAAAUUAUAUGAACAUACCUAGGACAAGGCAUAGGAAAGGGACACGUGUAUUGCAGAUUGGGGGGCAGGAGUAGGCACAGCAGAAGAAAGCUCAGCCUUCACCUGUGGGAAGUCACAGGAAAUGAAGAAACAGCUGACUUUUAUGUUAUUUAGAGAUGUGGAACAAAUACAACAAGAGUUAAGGAAUUAUCUCCAGGCAACAGGAAGGACAGAAGGGAGAGCCGCUUUAUCUCCAGUCUUAGAGAACUUUGUGCAUAUAUAACUGACAGAUACUACAUUAAGAAAAAGGCAUGUCACUGAGGCAGGUGGGAUACAGAGAAAAAGGAAGCACAGAAAUGAAAAUAUUAAGACUACAAAAGAAGUAUGCAGGAGGAUGCUACAUCUAACAUUUCAAAGGGGUACAAAAGACACUAAGAGAAAGUUAAGGAGAGUAUACCACGUGCUUUCACAGUGUGUACAUACAAAUGCAGAACUGACACCAAAACUACAGGGACGGCUUGGCAGUUGAGAAAUCCACACUAACAGUCUUUCAAAUUGCUGAUUUUAAAAAAAACCUCUUACCUGCUUUUCCAAAAAGUGUGCAACUCUGGUCCUUUGUUCCUUUGGAAUGGUGGGAAGGACCUUAUCAGCCAUACCGAAGUCCCUCCGCAUGACAGCUGUCUGGUAUUCCAGGACUGACACCAGCAGGGAGUAGCUUACAAUGUUUAAUUCUUUAUCACCCAGAUAGAGCCGGUUAUCCUUAGGAAUAUAGCCCAGGAGAUACAUUGUCCUAUAACAGAACCAGAAACCAAGUCAGAAGCAAACUCAAAUCUGCAGUUACACAUGCACACACACACAGCCUCUUGCUCAAAACCUUUCCAUUUGGGGCAAUUUCAGUGAAUGACAGGCACCUACUGAAACUUUUAACACUGAAAGAUCAGCCUACCAUUGCUACAAGUCAGCUACAGAUUUUGUUUAAAAAGCACGCUUUUGGCCGGCGCUGCGAUUCACUUGGCUAAUCCUCCACCUGCAGCGCUGGCACCCCGGGGUUCUAGUCCCAGUUGGGGCGCCAGAUUCUGUCCUGGUUGCCCCUCUUCCAGGCCAGCUCUCUGCUAUGGCCCAGGAAGGCAAUGGAGGAUGGCCCAAGUGCUUGGGCCCUGCACCCGCAUGGGAGACCAGGAGGAAGCACCUGGCUCCUAGCUUCGGAUCGGCACAGCGCAUCGACCGCAGCGCGCCAGCUGUGGCAGCCAUUUUGGGGGUGAACCAACGGAAAAGGGAAGACCUUUGUCUCUGUCUCUCUAACUCUGCCUGUCAAAAACAAACAACAACAACAACAAAAAAAAAAACCAGCACACUUUUAGGUUGCUUAAGACAAAAGCAAAACAAUUUAACAUUACCUGUCCAAAUGGGCAAUGGUGACUAUUUCUCCUCCGACAUAAUAAUUUAAUCUGUUCACAGAACUUGUGUAAAUGAAACAAUCGCCUACCCAAAGCCCUGUUUUCACAAUUUCCUGAAUCUCACCAAGAACCUGCAGCAAGAGAAUAAAAAACUAUUACUAUCUUAUCCAACAUGAGGAACUUGUAACAAAACGCUUAGAGUGAUAUGGCAGAAUAAGGUACACAAAAUAAAAUCCUAUUUCAAGGGGAAAAAUUUUUUUUUCCUUGGAAUUUUCAUUGGCUUUCUUCACUCAAGAGAAUAAAUUCCUGGGGCUGGUGUUACGGCACAGCAGGUUAGGCCGCCGCCGGCAAAUCCAGCAUCCCCUGUGAGGGCCAGUUCAAGCUCCUGCUGCUCUAUUUUCCAUUCAGCCCCUUGCUGAUGAGCCUGUGAAAGCAGCAGAUGGCUGAAGUGCUUGGGUCCCUGCCCACCCAUGUGAGAGACCAGGAUGGAUUUCUGGGUUCCUGACUUUGGCCUAGCCCAACCCAGGUUAUUGCAACUAUUUGAGGAGUAAACCAGCAGGUGGAAGAUUCUCUCUCUCUCUGUGCAAUUCUGCCUUUCAGGUAAAAUGAAUAAAUUUAAAAAAAAUAAAAAAUUCCUAACUAAUGUUGUCCAACAUGAACAGCCUCAAAGCAGAAGAUGACAUCGAGCCUAAUUUGUAAUUAGUGCAUUGGUUUUCAUUUAAAUUAUAGUAAAAGUAGUAUGUAAAAUAAUUUUUUUAAAAAUUUGAGGAGGGGCUGGCACUGCACCAUAGUGGGUAAAUAAAUCUUUAAAAUAAAAUUUGAGGGGCCAGCAGUGUGGCAUGGUGAGUAAAACCACCAUCUGCAGUACCAGUAUCCCAUAUGGGUGCUGGUUCAAGUUCUGGCAGCGCCAGAUUUUAUUUAUUUGACAGGUAGAGUUAUAGACAGUGAGAGGGAGAGACAGAGAGAAAAGUCUUCUGUCCGCUGGUUCACUCCCCAAAUGGCCACAACAGCCAGAACUGAGCCAAUCCAAAGCCAGGAGCCUCCUCUGGGUCUCCCAUGUGGGUGCAGGGGCCCAAGCACUUAGGCCAUACUCUACUGCUUCCUAGGCCAUGGCAGCUCCCCUGUUAAGGGGAAGAUGGCCCAAGUAGUUGGGUCCCCACACCCACAUGGGAGACCCAGAAGAAGUUCUUGGUUCCUGGCUUUGGCCUGGCCCAGUUCUGGUCAUUGUAGGCAUUUGGGAAGUGAACCAGCGGAUGGAGGAUCUCUAUCUGCCUCUGUCUCUCAAAUAAAUAAAUAAAUCUUUUUAAAAAUAUUUGAGAGGCAGAGAGCGAGAGAGGCUCCCAUCGGCUGUACUUUCCAAAUGCCUACAAUGGCCAGGACUAGGGCAGGCUGAAGCUGGGAGCAUUAGGAACUCAAUUCUGGUCUCCCACAUGGGUGGCAGGGAACUACCUAUCUGUGGUAUCAUCUGCUUCCUCUCAAGGUGUGAGUUAUCAGGAAGCUAGAAUCAGUAGCAGUGCCUGGACUCAAAUCAGGCCCUUUGAUGAGGGAUGCAGGAAUCCCAAGUGGGGUUUUAACUGCUUACCAAACACCACUUGGGAGUACCUGGGCAAGAAAUACAUAAACACAUAAUGUACAAUUAAAAACCACAAAUUCCUAGGUGAGUAUUUGUAAUGUGAAAUCUCAUUGUUGGGUCAAAACUAUGGUCUGAGAGAUUAUUAUUUUAAACCCUCUAAGACACAGGAAACUGGAAUGUUAAGUAUUUCAUGGCACCUCUCCACAAUGGGUGACUUAUCUUUAAUAUUUGGGAGCUCACCUAAACCAUUCUUGCUAAACAGUCUUAGAACCAAAACAAUCACAAAUUUCCUUAUAGAAAAAUAUCCGUGGAAAUCUACAGAUGUCCUAAAAUCAAAGCACAAGCCUCUUUUAAACCUAUUUGCUUUCAGAUUGACUCUCAAGCCAAGAUUUUUAAUUUUCACAUGUCACCAGAACCUUUAAAUGAUGAGUUUCUCCAAUCCUGAUUAAUAAUGAAGUGCUGCAGUCAGUAGUGUGUGUUGUAAGAAUACAAAUCAUUUAACAACAAAGCAGUGGUUAUGCUGCUGCAGUUACCUCAAAGGCGUCUUCAAUGCCGUCUUCGGUAACACCCUCAUGUGUUUCCUGUGCAGACAGGACUUUUUCUGACAGAUACUUAAGGAUAAAAAAUGACUCCUCAGUGGCAAUGCAGACGAGCUCUCCCGAGUCUGACCAGAAAAUCUGCAAUGCAACAGGCAAAGAUAGAGACAAGCGAUUUGCAUUUCUGAGUAGAUAUGACAAACUACAUAUACUUUAUUUCUUACAAGAAUUACCUUUUGACAUUAAGAUAGUACACAAUAAUUUAUAAAGUGCAAUUAUACCUAUGUUUGGGAGGUGGACAGGGAAGGGCUGUUCUACUUAGCUUAGCAAUGUGAAGACAGGAAGGAGAGCAGUCAGUGCAUGCUGGGUGUACUAUCACCUAGACAGGCAGACGCGUUCCAGCAUACUGCCCUAGACACGUUCCUCGUCCUUUCCACUAUCUGCCACCCCUCCGCAGCCUUUGUAGACAUUUAUCCCAACUGCCUCUCCCAGUGACAUUUUAAUACCACAGAUACACUGUUCAUACCCAGGUAAUGCAUACAUAUGGGGUACACGAGUGUGUAUAUAACAUAUAUACACCUAACUGCACUUUAUACAUAAAGAGAGAAAGGGUUUUUUUGGUUCCUAUUCACCAGGAACCAGUUUUGCCUCUCCUGAGAAUGCAGGUUCUGGAAGACGGAAGGGAGACCCAAGAGGUGGUUUUUCCCCACGGUGGACGCUGUCGAGGCAGCAGGCACUGCAAAGGCAGACACUCGGUGCCGCAGUGCUGAGUGGUCACCUCCAGAGUACUCAGCCGUCACUAGCUGCUGUCUGAACGGACUUCUUGACUGGAAAGCAUGCUCUUUCACUCCAUCAAAAAACAUUUAAACACGAAUGGCAUCUUGAGAUUUGGAUAAAUUUCUAUACUUUUCAAAAAUCUUCAAUGUCAGCUGCCUCAUUCAAAUACCACAAUCCUGACUUUCUGAGCAGUUCUGAGGUAAAUGGUAUUCUGCCCAACUCAAGGGAACAGGGACAGUGCAGGGCUACUUCUUGGUCUCAGGGACCCACAAUCUGUCACAAAGACGAACAUUCCAAUGGCGACAAUGGAGUCAAAACUCACGUGUUUGGGCUGAAUUUCAAUCCUGCGUAUGAGUUCUGUGUUGUCCCAGUCAUAGAAGGCUAAGCCAUUCACAGAUCUGACUCCCAGUAAGAAGCCUCCAUAUAUGCCUUAACAGAACAUAAACACAGUUUUGUUUAGAUGUUUGUGAGCUCUGCAAAGUGUUUAAAAAUGUAUCAUAUAUAAAUAUCACUCACUUUCAGCUCCAAAAUCUGGCUUAAAUGAUUUUUUUUCCUUAAAGUUCUUAAAUAUCUUUACAACACUGUUGCUCUCUCUUAUUGCAUAUCUGGGCGGGGGGAAAGAGAAAGUAAACAGCAUAUUUAGUAUAUACUAAACCACAGUUUUAUCAAAUGUUAGCAGUAUCUUCAAAUAUUUUUGAAUAAUUAUGCAAAAAUAUGAGUAUUUAAAGACUGAUGUAUUUUUUUCUUAAGAGACCAGUGAAUUUCUUACAGUAGGACAAUGAGUGGAUUUCAUACUGUGUAUUACACAAAUUACUAGGGCUUAUAAACUAUUUAGAAACUGGGUAUAACCAAAAUGUCAAUCAGUAGGCAAAUGAUUAAACAAAUUGUGAUAUAUUCAUAAAAUGGAGUAUUACUCUGCAAACAGCAGACAUUGAUUAGUUAUCCAGGCAACGCAAGGCUGUGUCUAGGAAACAUUUUGCUGAACAAAAGAAGCUGGAUACAUCAGGGCAUUAGGACUGCACUUAUAUUAACCUCUAAAAAAGACUGAUCUACAUAUGGUGGCAAAAAGCAAAUGAGUAUCUGCCUGUGGCUGGGAAUGUGCAUUUGUCCAAAUUUACUGAAAUGCACACUGAAAGUGGUACACUGUCCUGCACAAAUUAUACCCCAUGAAGCUAAUCAAAAACAAAAGAAAAACUGUGACAAGCGGCUUUCAGUCAGCCAUGUUCAGCAACAACUCGGGAAAGUGGUUAUUCUGGCCUCUGCCUUGAAAGCGGCUCAGAGCUAUCACUGGAUAUUUGAUAACUGUGCUUGGGGUGAGUGCGCUGUUGGUUUGAGGACAACGCUGGGCAAGGUCUUGGCUGCAUAAAGCUGCCAAGAGGCAACUAUCAAAAUAAAGGGGGAGGUGUGUUUGGAGAAGUGAGAGCAGUCAUGAACUGCAGCUCUGCUCUGUGGUACACAGAACUGUGUGUGUGUGCGUCUACUCAAGAAAUUCAUGGAAAGAUGAAAAAAAUUCCCCAUCUCUCAGUAAAUGGUGCUAUAAAAACUUUUUAAAUAUAUCGUAUUAUGAAGAGGCUCAAGUCACCCUACCGUUUGGUGGCAGAAGGCAACACAAAACAUGGGGAAAACUAAGACAACUAGGAAGACGUAAUUCAGCUAUGUGGUCUGAAAACACCAAAGCCCUAAUGUUUAUUACAUGCACCAAACAGGAGUCAAAAAGGAACUGGAGUUUGUGACUAUCUAGUAAAACAACUUGAGACUUAAAUGAUUUCUUUCUUUUAAUCAACAUUCUGAUUUCAGACAGAAAUCUGAUUUGUUAACAACACAGAAAAUCAGCUUUUAAAAAGAUUCAAUAGGGGUAUAAUAAGUGUAGCCACCUGCAAUGCUGGCAUCCCUGUGGGUGCCAGUUCAUGUCCCGGCUCCUCUACUUCAAUCCACCUCCCUGCUAAUAAUGUGCCUGGGAAAGCAGUGGAAGACGGCCCAACUGCUUGGGCCCCUGCACCCAUGUGGGAGACCUGAAGAAGCUCCUUUCUCCUGAUUUUGGCCUGCCCCAGCAGUCACCUGGGGUAUGAACCAGGAGAUGGAAGAUCUCUUUGUCUCUCCCUCUUACUCUUUCAAAUAAUUAAGUCUUUUUUAAAAAUUGAAUAAAGUUCUUAUCAGGAUGACAUCAAACCACAAAGCAUCUGUCCAAACAGCAGCAGCAGUACUUUAGGACACACGUGAUCAGGAGGGCCUGCCAAGGGCUAAGGGGCAUCAGCAGCAGGUCCUGUUAGGGUUCCAUCAAGGAAAUGGGUGCUGGGUGCUCAGUGCAGUGGGAUUACUGGGUCAGCCUGAGAGUCGGCCCAACAGUGAAUACAGGGAGGGCAAGGUCAGUUCACAGUGCAGCUGCCCCCGAUUCUAACUUCCGAUGACUGCUUCAGUAAGAACUGUGUUAACCACGAGAAGCACAGCCUGCCCUGCACCUCCAGCACCUCUUCUGGACAGCAGCUCUCAGCAUGCAUCUGUAACCAGGACAAGCUGCAUCUCAGUCAGAACUUACUCUGAGGAAUCAUGGGCCCAUGCGAACUCCUGGGCAGACCCAAAGCUCUUAUUUCUCAAGGCCAUUGCCGUGUAGAUGAUGUACUCUCCAUCACCGCACACCACAACAAACCUAGAAAUUACAGAAGCCAGGGAGGGAAGGACAGAGGAAUAAUGACAUGUAGGAGUUAGGAAACAACAGUUCAUCUUUAUGGUAAAAUAACUGUAAUAGCAAAUAAUAUUUCAACCAAUAAUUACAAUUUUAUCUUUGAAAUACAAUACAAUCUUUGAAUACAAGCCAGACAAAAAUAUUCCAGCCAACAAAUCCAAAAGCAAAUCACAAAUAUGGGAUUACUACUGAAAAUGUCACUGUAAUGGUCUCCUCUUAUCAACAGAGGAGGCCGGGGACGGGAAGGUGAAAAGGACUAGACAUGCAGAGGACGGAAUUCAGUUCUGCAGCUGCUAUCUGCUGAGCACCAAGAUGCCCAGGACAUAACUCACAACACACUGCAAGAAGGCACUGUCUUAUUCUAAGACCCUCUUCAUUUUAAAGUUGAUCUUUCAAAGCAAUGAAAAUAUAUUAACUCUGUUUUUAAUGACUUGUUAAAUUUCUCAAGAGUACUUUAACAUUUAAAUGAGUAGAUAAUGCAUAAACAAAAUUUUUUGUCAAUACACAUAAAACAACUCAAAAUCAGCAUUUAGAACACUGUAAUGGCAAAAUAAAAAGCUUACAGCAAAGAAUAUUUCAGGUAUUAAGAGAAAUAUUCUUCUUAAGAGCAAUGAGUCAGAAAAUACUGAGAGAGCACCUACUAAGUCUCAGGGUAAGGUAAGACCCUGGCCUCAAAAGAACACAGCAUAACACACGAGAAGUAAGAGUAAACAAUACUACUUUACUCUUACAGUCUGUGUGCUGCAGAACAGGGCCAAGAAGGCAAACAUUUUGCAUGCCAGCUUGAUCAAGUGGCAGGCCUGCUGCAGCUGUGCUGAGGAUUACGAGACUAGGGCAAGGGCUCGGUGCAGAAUGACCAGCGAUGCCCACCACAGGGCAGAAAUGGAACAGGCUGUGGCUCCGCACACUGUGACCUCACACACACAAGCUCAGCGACAGACCUGAGCAAUGGCUUACCGCCCGUUGGGAUUGUGCUGAAUAGUCUGAGGGUAUAUCUCACAACUGCCCAUAUCCUUCACUGCCAGUGGCAGCCUUUCUCCAUCUUUAAUUUCAGCAUCUCCCAUUGCCUUUAGGUUUGCCUGCUGGACUUCUGAAUGCUUGGCCCAAAUGAUCUUUCCAUUGGCAUCCAUGGACAUCGCAGGUUCCUCUCGACCAAGCUGACGAAUGACAAGUGGCUCUUAGCAAUGAAAGGAAACCAAGUGGAACCACAGCAAAAUCAGACACUCUUUUCCCUUAACAGCAAGCUCUUUCCUUUCUUCCACCUUUAAUGUCCACUGCUUAAAUUCUAGUGCUUGCUUACGGGUCAGUUUAAUAAGACUGGUGACUUAGAACAUGACAGUAUUAAAAUACAAGAAAAACA